AUGGCGACUUUCGAGCUUUACAGGAGAUCGACGAUUGGGAUGUGCUUGACUGAAACCUUGGAUCAAAUGGUUUCGAGUGGAGUUCUUACGCCCGAGCUCGCCAUUCAAGUGCUGAUUCAGUUUGACAAGUCAAUGACUGAAGCUCUAGAAAGUGAGGUGAAGAGCAAAGUGUCAAUCAAGGGUCAUCUUCACACCUAUCGAUUUUGUGACAACGUUUGGACCUUCAUCUUACAAAAUGCCCAGCUCAAAAGCGAGGAAGGCCAAGAGACUGUUGAGUCUGUCAAGAUUGUCGCGUGCGAUUCAAAAUUACUAACUCAGUAA